AUGUCUGGCCGUGGAAAGGGUGGCAAGGGCCUCGGAAAGGGUGGUGCGAAGCGUCACCGCAAGAUUCUCCGUGAUAACAUCCAAGGUGGGCGAGCCUCGUCUUCUUUCGCCUUGGUGGACCUAACAAUCCGGGUUAGGUAUACGAAGCCCGCUAUCCGUCGUCUCGCGCGUCGAGGCGGUGUGAAGCGUAUCUCCGGUCUCAUCUACGAGGAGACACGAGGAGUGCUCAAGAUCUUCCUGGAGAACGUCAUCCGGGACUCUGUGACGUACACUGAGCACGCGAAGCGGAAGACGGUGACGGCACUCGACGUUGUGUACGCCCUGAAGCGGUCAGGGCGGACGUCACCCCGCCUCGUCCUCCGUGAUUUCUCCGUCCUCGCGGUCCGCCAGCCGUAUAAAGUCGCCCUCCCAUCGUCCUCUGAUCGCCUCACAUCCACCCCAUCGUCCUCGCAGCCACCAGCUACCCUCUCCUCGUCGCUGCCAUCCCCCACCACCCUGCCGCCCCCGCCCCGCUCCUGCAUGGACCUCCCCGUCGAGACCCUCUAUGCCAUCUUCGACCACCUCCAGCCCCGCCCCGGCGAGCUCGCCCAGGUCGCGCGCGUCUGCCAGCGCUUCCGAGUCAUCGCGGAGCGCAUCCUCUACGCGCACAUCUUCAUCCAGGAAGGCCUUCCCCGCUCGUCCCCCUUUCCCCACCGCGUCCACCGCUGCUGCGAUACACUCCUCGCCCGUCCAGACCUGCACGACGUCGUUCGCCGUCUCACCGUCCGGUGGCAGACGGAUCCGAGCGCACGCGACCAGUACGAGCCGUUCGUCCAACCCGUCCUCCUGAGUCUCAACCGCACCCUCCGCUUCCUUACCCAGCUCGAGUCCCUCGACCUUGCUCUCGGCCUCGUCGGUGUGUCGGUCUCCGUCCGUUCUGUCCUCAGUGGCUGCUACUUCCCCGGCCUCCGCCUCUUCGCGCUAUAUGGCAUCGGACCAGGCAGCAUCCCCGUUAAGGACUGUCCGGACGCGCUCGUCCUCCAGCACUUCCUUUCCGCAACCCGAACCCUCGAGCACCUUGUCCUCGGCGACCACUACGCCGCGCUCGCUCUCGCGCCGCACGACCUGCCGUUGCUCGCGGCGUUCAAAGGCACUGCGACCGCUGCGGCGUCGAUCGUCCCUGGACGGGCGGUCACCCACCUCACGCUCGUCGGGCAGGACCAGUUCCCGCCGCGCCUGCUCGCAGAGCUCGCCUUCGGGCGCGAGCCCAUCCGCACCCUUGACCUCUCCGCCGUGUCAGUCACACCGAACACGCUCAAGGCCAUCUCCUGCUACCUCUCCGGUGUCGUGGACCUCAAAAUCCGCUUCGCGCUGAGACACACCCUGCACCACUCCUUUACGGGCAUCACCCUGACCCUGCUCUUUGCUCUAUGCCCUCUGCACACGCCCGUGCCCCUCCCUCUCCUACUCCAGAGCAUCCUCGCCGGGCUGUGCCCCGUGCUCGCCGCCUUCCCCGUGCUGCGCCUGCUCGACCUCUCCGCGACGCCCGCGCUCAACGACGGGCUCGGCUCCUCGCUCGAGGAAGUCAACCUCUGCCAGAUGUGGGGCCGCAGCUGCCCGUCCCUCCGCGCGAUCGUCUUCCCGUCCAAGACCGAGUGGGCCUCUCGGCCCCGAGCACAUCUGGGUGUCCAAGAGCCCCCCGCGGUACACGAGGAGCUAGGAUGA